CGUUGUGCCGUCCACUGAUCACACAGAAACUGCAUUUAAGCCUGGAGACUUGUGGAGAAGAGGCAGAUGCUGAAGGAGGUUUGAAGGCAGGGACAUAACAAACCCAAACUAGAAUCAUGAGUAUGAACUACGCGUCUGCGGUGCCGACGCAGCGGUCAACGUCGUUUUUCAUUGAAGACAUCCUAUUGCACAAACCCAAACCUCUGAGAGAGGUCAUACCCUCGCCGUUCUGCAGCUCCCUUGCCUCCCGGAUGCCGAUCCUGGAGUAUGGGUACCCGCUGAUGCCCACACCGAUACUGGCGCCACAUCCGCACCAUCCUCUUCACAAGCCAGAGCACCACCAGUACUUCUUCACUUCUGGCAUGCAGAUGCCGGCACUGUUCCAGCACCACGCCGAGUUACCAGGGAAGCACUGCCGACGCCGGAAGGCCCGGACGGUUUUCUCCGACUCGCAGCUGUCUGGUCUGGAGAAGAGGUUCGAAAUCCAGCGGUACCUUUCAACGCCGGAAAGAGUGGAGCUGGCUACGGCGCUCAGCCUAUCCGAGACACAGGUAAAAACGUGGUUCCAGAACCGGCGGAUGAAGCACAAGAAACAGCUGAGGAAAGCACAAGACGAGCGGAAGACGCCCGGAGAGCUGGACCGAUCCGCAGACAACUCUAGCGAGAGUGAACUGAACGAGAAGAGCGCGGAGGAGCUGCGGCAUGGACUGGAGCCCGACUCGUACCUGCUAGAGGAGAACGACGACGAUGUGGACAUUGAGGACGACAUUUGCUCCCCGGAACAUCUACUAUAGUAGGCUGCAGAGUUGUUUCAUCAGAAGCUCCUUUCGCAAUGUAAAUGCACUGUACAUAACGUUGGCCUAUUCCCCUUUCCAUUACAAAUAUAUUACUGUUUUAUAAUACAAUGUUAAUAUUUAUUUCAAACAUAUGAAGUGGGGCCAUUGAUUUUCUCCUGAGAGAUGAGAGUUUUGGUGUUGUUACUUAAACGAUUUUAUUAUGGCGAUUAUUAUUAGAUGAAUAUUAUUACUAAAAUCUAGACUUUGAUUUUGACAUGUAUUUUAGCUCUGUCUUUAUUUUUGGACAGUAAAUGUGUACAGAUGAAUAAGCCAAAGGAACCGAUAUUUGCUUUGUGACAAAUGCGCUUCAUACCCCAUUCCUUUGCACUUUUAUCGCAAACGAAAUUUGCAUGCUUUUAUCUUUUAUGGUUAUCUCUUUUCGUUUAUUUAGUGUACUGUUAUAUAUAUUUUUUCCCAUUUUUUACAUAUUUUUGAAAGUUUUUUUUAUUUAAAAAUUUUAAUUGGUCAAUGACACUUGAGUGAAUGGCGUUUAUAUGUGUCUGUCAAUAUAUAUAUAUAGUAUAUAAAUGAA